CCUUAUCUGAUACCAAUUUCAAAUGUUUGUUGCUAACUUGGUUGGAUUGGAAAUCCAGAAUAGAGGCGCUCUGCAUGAGUUAGAUAGAGAAAGCUUCGCCUCUGCAUGACUUAGAGAGAGAAAGCUCUCUCUCUCUCUAAAAAUGCCAUCUCCAAUCCAAACUCCUAAGUUUCUAAUCCAGCAGCGCUGGUUAUUUUCAAAGCCAGUCCGCCAUGGCGUCAAUUCUAGGUUUUUUUUCCGCCAUUUCAGGGCUUCACAGCUCAUAUCAGACCCAGUAACACUAGCCCCAUCUUCACCCCCUUUCUCUCAAAUCCUCACUAUCAGAGAAGCCCUAAUUUCUCGCCAGAGAAAAGCAGUAGAGAUAGCAGAGGAGUACUUCACCAGGUUGAACCAGACUGAGCCCCUUCUUAAAAGCUUCCUUCAUGUCUCAGAGAAUGUGAUGAGAGAUGCUGAAGAAAUAGACAAGAAGAUUGCGAGAAAUGAGGAAUUGGGUAUUCUUGCUGGGGUUUUGGUGGGGGUUAAGGACAAUCUUUGUACGUUGAAUAUGCCUUCGACUGGUGGGUCGAGAAUUCUGGAGAAUUAUCGGCCUCCUUUCGAUGCCACAGCGGUGAGGAUGGUGAGAGAGAGAGACGCUAUAUUGAUUGGGAAGACAAAUAUGGAUGAGUUUGGAAUGGGAAGUAGCACAGAGGCCUCAAGUUUUCAAAUAACGGCAAAUCCAUGGGAUGUAUCUCGGGUCCCUGGAGGAUCAUCUGGGGGCUCUUCUGCAGCCGUGGCUGCAAGGCAGUGUGCAGUUUCAUUGGGAAGUGACAGCGGUGGAAGUGUAAGACAACCGGCAUCCUUCUGUGGUGUUGUAGGAUUAAAACCAACAUAUGGCCGUGUUUCUCGUUAUGGGCUUAUGGCAUAUGCAUCAUCAAUGGAUGCAGUUGGAUGUUUUGCUUCAUCAGUUAUGGACGCUGCCAUUCUUCUCCGAGCAAUUUCGGGUCAUGAUACUCAAGAUGCAACCAGCUGUAAAUGUGAAGUCCCUGACUACACAACUGAGCUUGUUCCUAAAGAUUUAUUGGGAUCUGAACCUUUGAAAGGGCUCAGGGUUGGGGUAAUCAGAGAAACACUUGGAGAUGGUGUUGAUACAGGAGUAACUUCCACAAUACAAGCUGCUGCGUCUCACUUGGAAGAAAUUGGAUGCACUGUAACUGAGGUAUCACUUUCAUCUUUCUCUCUUGGGUUACCAUCCUACUACAUCUUAGCGUCAUCAGAAGCCUCUUCUAAUUUAUCACGUUACGAUGGUGUAAGGUAUGGAAACCAAGUGUUGGCUGAUGAAUUGAGAUCCUUAUAUGGUGUCUCCCGUGCCAAUGGAUUCGGUCCAGAGGUCAAAAGGAGAAUUCUUAUGGGAACUUAUGCACUUUCUGCGGGAUACUAUGAUCAAUAUUACAAACGUGCUCAACAGGUGAGGACUUUGGUUCAAAAAAGCUUCAAAAAGGCACUAGGUGAACAUGACAUCCUCAUUUCACCGGCAGCCCCAACUACUGCUUAUAAGAUCGGGGAAAAGGUAGAUGAUCCAUUGGCUAUGUAUGCAGGAGAUAUAAUGACUGUCAAUGUUAACUUGGCUGGAUUGCCUGCUCUAGUUCUUCCAUGCGGGUUUGUUCAAAGUGGAGAUGUAGGUCUUCCUGUUGGUCUUCAAUUGAUUGGCUCUGCAUUUGAUGAGGCCAAACUGCUGAGAGUGGGUCAUAUAUUCGAGCAGACUCUUCAAAGCCCAAGAUUUGUUCCACCAUUGGUAGAUGGCCUUACUAUGUAGCACUGGCUUCCCAUCCAGAAAAGCAAUCAGGCCCAUCCAGAAAAAACUCUUCGGCAAUCAGGGGAUUGAGGCUUGCGUCCCCAUUCUCUAUUUAUUAUGUUGUUUCCACAUGGAGAGAGAGAGAGGUAUUAUGGCUUCCUAGGAACCAAUUUUUUGUAUUGUAUAACAAUAAUUAGGAACCAUUAUUUUUAUUGUAGAACAAUAAUAAGUUUUAACACCACUAAUUGUAAGUUAACAUUCACUCAAAAAC